CAAAGGACCCGAGAACACGCCCACUCCGUGCCCAGAUGUACGGUGGCGGAUGAUAAGAGGCGUCCCAAGAGCUGGCCACACGUGAGCCCCCUUUUGCGCAAGUUACUUCUCUGGCCAGCCAAACAUCAUACGUUUCGCAGUCCGCGUCCGGUUUCCGCGUGGUCAUGCCGCGCGCCGCCUUGAUAGGCUUCGCGCUCUCGGCACUCGCUGCCGGCCCCGCGUCCGCCGCCCGACCUUCUGCGCUCAGCGACGUCGCCCUCGAGUUGGACGAGUCCGAGGCGGCCUCUGAGGGCGUGGGGGCGGAUAGCGAGGACGCUGGGCAGAAGGUGGCGCUCGGAGUUUUUGGGCGCGGGCAGGUGGUCAAGCAGCGAGAGGCGGAGGACCAGCGUGGCCCAUGCGUGGACGGCGUGUGCCACACGUGCGCGGAGGUGGAGAGAAUGGACCCGGAGGCGUUCGAGAAGGAUGAGGCACUUUUGGAGACCAAUGGCUCUUCAAACGCAGAGAUCGCUGGGCAGGCUAAUGCGAGCAGGACAGGUGAGAUCGGCAAGUUGGACAAGUUCAAGGCUUGGUGCUGCGACAAUACAAGGUCCUCCGAAUGGACGGAUUCAUUUUGGGUAUUCCGCGUCACGGAGAAUGCGUUUGAUGCGAGCUACAGAUUGAAAAAUGCAAACGCAGUGAAUUACGCUGGCUUGUUCAAGUUCAUUAAUGGUGGCGGGGCCAUAAGGCCUGGCGGCGGAUGGGACGCGGCAGCGUUCCAGAUCCAAGUCAACCGCAAGCUUACCUCCGACUACUACCAUUGCAACGGAGGCAGGACCGAGUUCAGGUUCGUUGGUAAUCACUGGACAGACAUUCGGGCUCUCCGCUCGACAUACAACCGAGUUGGGAUUGAGCAACCGGCCGCCUCAAUUCAGACAUCGAGAUGCGGCAGGGCGUCUCCGUGCUACAAGGAUUAUUGCGUGUCAGAGGCCGAAGCGGAAGAUAGAAUUCAACGUUGUCUUCAGGGGCAUGUGGAUCAAAACACAAAUGCGCAGUCGUGUUUCUACGCCUUCACGCCAGAGGGCGAGGGCGUUUCGUACACAAUCAAGACCAUCCGCGUAAGGCAGGUGAGGGACUUGCAGAGUGACUUUGAGGCCUCGGUGGAGGAUUGGCUGGCUUGAGCCAUUCGCCCUUGAAACCGACAGGCAACUAUUCGCAUCCGUUUCCAAGGUCGCUUUGCCAAUCCGAUCUGAGGCGUGGCAGUCAAAUUUCCAUACGAAUUAUGGUGCUUCAUAUUGAGCGAGGCUCCUCGCCCUCUUGUUCGCGUAUCCAAUCGUUUGCGCGCAGGCACACGUUGUGGAUGGAAGGAAA